AUGGCAUGGAGCUCACCAAAAUCAGAAAAAGGAUUUUCGAACAAACAGUAUGAAGGACUUGAUUGGUAUAGAGGAGAAGCUAAAAUCUCUAAGAAAAGCAAGAGAAAAGGAAGCAAAGUUGCUCAUGGAUUCCACACAUCAGAUUCUGGCGAUUGGUGUGUAGCCCCAAUUGGUACUACACAGGAUUUUGAUGCACUGGAAAAAGUGCGGGUGAUGGAAAAUGAAAAAUAUGAAAUCAAAAAACGCCAAGCGGAAGAAUAUCUGGAACGGUGUAAAGCAGAAAGGCCUGAAUUAUGGGAAGUCCCAAAGCGAGAGAAUGGUACAUAUAUUUUGCCUUUACCUGAGCAUCCAUCUAUGAAGCGAUUAAAAGAAUCUCAGACGGACGGAAAAACCAUCGACUUCAGUAUUUUAUUUCCUGAAGUAAAUUGA